AUGGACUACCGCACCGCCUCCACCGAUUGUUGGCUGCCCGCGCCCGCACCGGCCGCUGCCACCGUCGCACCUGUCGCCGCCGCCACCGCACCACCGUCGGCCGCCGCCGCCGCCGCAGCUGCAGCCGCUGCUGCUGCACAUAUGGCACAAUUAAGAAUGAGUAGGUAUGAUAAGCUUAUUCAGGCUGCUGCAAGUCGUUUGAUAGGAUAUGACAGUGACUUGGCCAGGUACGAAGUUCAUAAGACAGUCUACAUGAAACAACAGCUGGAGGACCGAUACCAUAGGUCGCUGGAACAAAUGAGGUUGAAGCAUUCGGCGUGUGUCAAUGAAUCUUCAAUGAAUAAAGAACGGAGUCAGUCAAGUGAAACGGAGGUAGAUUCCUAUCAGCUGGAGAAUAGCUGUGAAGAGGAUCGGUUUAAUUCCCCAUUGAACUCACCAUCUGGGACUGCUAUCAAAAACCGCGGGAUUGUCGAGAAUUCUUUUCCUGACAACUUUCCAGUUGUUUUAGCAAGACAUGGCAUGGGACUUCUUAAACCUGACCUCGCCACCUCCGACACGUCUCAGUUGUUGAGGGAGAUUCUUCAAAAUAAAGAAAAACAUCAACUCCAAGAGUUGGCCAACAACAAUAACAAUAACACCACUACCAACAAUAAAAACAAUGUAAAUAGGCUUAAUGGCAGUAAUGCUAUUCAAGAUUCAAGCGGCCUUAUCACUAAGCUUUUAAAAAACACUUCCCAACAAAAGAGCAGCUUGUCUGACACCGAAAAACUGUCUUGUCACUCGACCGAGGGUUCCGCUGAAGAAAGUGAUGGGGAGAGUACCAUAGAGCAACUGCCAAAUGAUGAAGAGGCCGACGUGGGAGAUGUUAAAAGCGGAGUCCUUUUGUCUGGCGUCGGUUCUCAAUUGAUGGACAGCAAAGAAGCUAAACGUGCCAGAGUUGAGAACAUCAUCACUAGCAUGCGCCAUUCUCCAUCUCACAGUAUAUGUGAUAGUCAGAACAUUCAAGAACAGAGACGACAGAAGCGAAAACAACACCAGCCGCAACAGCAUGAACUCAGCCCAGAUCACAGUGACUCCAAAAUGCGUAAAAUGACAAAGGAAGACUUCAACCGGCAACUGAUGGAAUUAAAGAACCAGAUAAACGAUAUGCAGAGGAAGUAUUCUGCUCUUUACAACACCGAGCGACACUCUGAUAGAUCGGCUGAUGGAGGCGACGAUGAUGAAGACUGCCAUACCACGGCAUCUUUAUCCCAUUCGGCCUCCAAUCGUAUGAGUAAACUAAAUGGAGAAGUCAAUUCGAACAAUCGUGAGAACAUCGGGUUGGAUAAUUCGGAUAUCGAUCCUGUUCACCUGAUAAGCCAAGCAAGUCAAAUGGUAAGGGAGCAAGAACUCGCCACAAAAAGACCAACCCCAUCAUCAUCACUACAAUCCGAAGUUCAAAACUUGGCGACGUCGCUCAAAUCUGAGCUCAGUCAAGCUGUGGAUACUAUUUUCAGUCGGUUUGUUCAGAACCAAGCUCUCAAAUCAUUGGAGAACUCGACCAAUCAGAGCAAAACUCCAGAUCAAGCACCAAAAGAGAGAUCAAAAUCUCCCACCAAUAGUGCUGAAUACCCAUCGGAAUUUUAUGCCCUUCCUCGAGUCCAUGACAAACAAACUUUAUUUGAUGCAACGUGUCGGAACACACCUGACCUUCCGCGAGCUCAUAAUCGGGCCCUUCCUUUCCCUCCUCCACCCCCACAUCAUUCCAAUUCUCAAUCCCUGUCAUCAUUUUUCACCCAGUCUCAAGUUCUCACCUCUCCUGUGUACAGCUCUGAACCUGAACAAACUGAAGCCCUAUCGUUGGUCGUGAACACACCCAAGAAGAAACGUACUAAAGUGACUGAUACCCGUUUGUCACCCCGAGCCGCUCGUGCCUUGCUCCAAGAUAACUGUGUCCAAGUAUCGUCCGCCAUGUCUGAUUUAGAGAAACAUAUACCUACUUCCUUCCCUCAUAUUUUACCCCCAAUGCUGCCAACUAGUGUAGCUAUCCCCAAUCCCAGCUUACAACAUUCUGAUAUUCUCGGAUAUUACAGAGAACCUAAUUAUAUGGAAGGGACCCGCUCAGCAGGUCAUUCUCCUUUGGAUGACCAAGGGUCUCCGGGAAAUACCACCAAUUCUUUGUCAGAUUCGUACAUGAUGUUAAAAUCAGAGAGCUAUGACAUGCCGACCGAAUCUGAUGGCCAAAUGGCAAUGAUAUCCUUGCGAGCUCCCUCCCUCUCUCUCUCUCUCUCUCUCUCUCUCAUUCUCUCUCUCACUCUCAUUCUCUCUUCCCCCUCUCUCACCCACUCCCCCCUCUCUCUCUUUCUCUCUCCAUAUCGAAAUUCAAAAAUUUUGCUUUAUUUCAUUCCUUUUUUACUGUAUUCGUUGAUUUCGUUAUUUCCCACUUUCUUUUCGUUAUUUCCCACUUUCUUUUCGUUAUUUCCCACUUUCUUUUCGUUAUUUCCCACUUUCUUUUCGUUAUUUCCCACUUUCUUUUCGUUAUUUCCCACUUUCUUUCUUUCAUUUCAUUAUUUCUUUCUUUUUCUUUCUUUCAUUUUUUGCUAUUCUUUCCUUUUUUUCUUUCCUUUCCUUUUUUUAAUUUAUAUCUAUCUAUCUAUCUAUCUGUCUAUCUAUCUAUCUAUCUAUCUAUCUAUCUAUCUAUCUAUCUAUCUAUCUCAUAUCUAUCUGUUCAUAUCUAUCUAUCUAUCUAUCUAUCUAUCUAUCUAUCUAUCUAUCUAUCUAUCUAUCUCAGUCUGUUCAUAUCUAUCUGUCUAUCUAUCUAUCUAUCUAUCUAUCUAUCUAUCUAUCUAUCUAUCUAUCUAUCUAUCUAUCUAUCUAUCUAUCAAUCAUUAUUCCUCCCUCUCAUUUCUAGCAAUAUUGCAUUUUUUUCUUUUUCUUUUUUUCUUUUGA